AUGAAACCGGUUCGCAACUUCCUCUACACAGUUAAGGCUUAUCCAGACUUCACUCUGGACACACGAUUUGUUCAGCAGGUCAGAGACAUCGCUGAUGCGAUUGAAAACAACCAGACGAGAUGUGCAGACUAUCUCUCGGAGAAGAUGGUGCUGGACUAUGGGACUCAUGUCAUCACUAGUGUGGAUGCUGGUGCUGCUUUGGUGCAGGAGGACUAUCUCCGUUCCUCAUAUGUGUCAGACAGCCAGUCACAAACCUCCUCUGUUAAAGCACAGGCUGGAUUAAACUUCUUUGAUAAGCUAAAGUUUGACAUUAGCAGUCAAAGUGCCCAACAGAGCUCAUCACUUCAUACAUAUCAGUCCAACAUUACAUACUCUCUCAUUCAAAGCAAUGGAGGCACAACCUUUUAUCCUGGUAUCACUCUGCAGAAGUGGCAGGAAAGUACCAGAAACAACCUCGUUGCCAUCGAUCGCUCAGGAUUUCCUCUUCACUAUUUCAUAAACACCAACACUCUCACUGAUCUGCCACACCCUACGAUUGGAAAAGUUGCUCUUAAAGUCAGUCAGGCUGUAGAGCGCUACUACAAGAUCAAUACUCGCCCCGGAUGUGUUGAUGUCAACUCCAAGAACUUCAACUUCCAGGCUAACAUGGAUGAUAAUUCCUGUGGAGAGCUCAAACCAAUUCGUCUGCCUCCAUUCACAAAACGUCCACUUAUCAGCAUGCAAGCCACCAACACAGUGAUGGUGAUGACUGAAGGAGAAAACAGCUGGGUGAGAGUGGGCCAGACCAAGAAGUGGAAACUUGCCAAAACAGAAGAAAUCCAGGAAAUUGUUCAAGGCCUUAACCCUGAACUCAGUCAAAUGUCUAAUGGAGAAAAGGCAGGUGUAGUUUUUGGUGUGAUGGGUGUGAUUCUGAUGGUGGCCAUAGUGGGAGUGGUCCUAUUCAAGAGGAGGAGGAGGAGGAUGUCAGGGUUUAGAAGUGGAGAGCUGAAACCCAUCCAUCUGCCUCCGUUCACCAAACCUCCACUUAUCAGCAUGCAAGCCACCAACACAGUGAUGGUAAUGACUGAAGGAGAAAACAGCUGGGUGAGAGUGGGCCAGACCAAGAAGUGGAAACUUGCCAAACCAGAAGAAAUCCAGGAAAUUGUUCGUGGCCUUAAUCCUGAAGUCAAUCAAAUGUCUAAUGGAAAAAAGGCAGGUGUAGUUUUUGGGGUGAUGGGUAUAAUGCUGAUUGUGGUCAUAGUGGCAGUGGUCCUAUUCAAGAGGAGGAGGAGGAUGUCAGGGUUCAGAUCUAGAGGUUAUGAGGAAAUACGUGUUGAAGUAGAGAGGGAUUCACAACAAGAUGAGGCCUGA